AUGGCUUCUCUUGAAAAGCAAAAGUUUGGAAAGGCAAAUGAAAGCUUCAUUGAUGAAAGCAAGAUUGAGAGUGAUGCUAUAAGAACUUCCAAAGGGGACUAUUCAACCGAUGGAUCUGAAUCCUACAAUGAUCUCUUCAUGGAGAAGUCGUUUGGUGUCUUGAAAGAGGAACUCAUGAUGGCUGCAAACACAACUUAUUGGCUGAAAGGUAUUUUCUUUUUCACUAUCUUCAUUGGAAUGUUUGUGACUCUCUUGGAGACGGCAGUGGUGAGUGUGUUUUCAAGUUACGCAACCAAUGACUAUAAACAGCACUCACUCAUGUCGACCGUUGGUAUAAUCAGAAACGUUGUAGCUGCCGCUUCUUUGCCGCUCUAUGCUAGAGCUUCUGAUACUUUCGGCCGGCUUGAAAUAUUUAUGUUUUCUACAGUUAUGAGAGUUGUUGGUCUCGUGGUUAUGUCACAGGCAACCACCAUCCAAAAGUAUGCCGGAGGGAUUGUGUUGUAUGGACUUGGAUUUUCUGGGGUCAGAAUCUUGUGGCAGUUCAAUUUGGCCGAUGCUUCGUCGUUGAGGUACCGUUUCUUAACCCUUGCGGUGUUGCACCUGCCAAAUAUCAUUAUCACUUGGGCUAGUGGUGAUAUUGUUAAUGGGUUGUUGAACAGGUACAAGUGGAACUUUGGUAUUGCACUUUGGGCUUUUACCUUUCCCUUGGCAUGUCUUCCAUAUUUUGCAAUGAAUAUCAGAAUGAGGUGGAUAGCGUCCAGAACGGAGGAAUGGGCUCAAUUAAAGCACGAAGAAAGGAAAAGUUACCUUGGAAUGAACGAGUCGACCGAGAAACAUGAGGAAGAUAUAAGGAACGGUAACAGCUAUUGGUCUGCCAAAAUGAAAAUUUUCUUCAUUAGAGCCGGUUACAUUUCCAAGGCAUUGUUCUGGAAAACUGACCUUAUUGGAUGCUUGUUCAUCGUUUUGAUCUGUGGUUUGAUUUUGGUACCUUUGACUUUGGCUGGUGGAGUUCAAACAAAAUGGACUAGAGCCUCAACCAUUGCUCAGCUUGUGGUAGGAUUCGUAAUGAUUCCAUUUUUUAUAUUAUGGGAAAGGAAAUUUGCCAGGUUUCCCUUGAUUCCCUUUGCCUUAUUGACCGAUAGAGGUAUUUGGGCUGCAUUCGUCAUAGCCGUCUUUUACACUUUUGUCGGUGGAAUGCCUUCAACUUAUGCAUAUCCAGUGUUGCUUGUGGGAAUGAAUGCCACCCCUACGGUAGCUACUCGUAUACCACAAUUGGACGGAUUUGUUACAUCUUUGACAAUUCCAAUCUUCGGUGUGGUUUUGGCAUAUGUCAGAAGAAGUAAGGGUUUCAUAAUUAUGGGAAUUAGUUUCUGGUUUAUUGCAAUGGGUCUCUUUGUUCAUUUCAGAGGAGACAAUGAUGGCUUGAGAGGAAAGUAUUAUCGUGAUGGUGUUGCUGCUGGUAUGUGUGUGAUGGGUUUUGGAGUUGCUUUUAUUUCCAGACUUGUGGUAGUUUCAGCCCAGGCUUGCACCAGCCAUGAGUAUACUGCUCUUAUCAUUGCAGUUUUUGCAGCACUUUACCAAAUUGGUUCAGCUUUAUCCAAAUGUGUAACUGGAGCCAUUUGGACCCAAAGAAUGUAUUCCACUAUUGUUGAAAAAAUGGUCCAGUUGAAUGUCGACCCAGAAUUGGCCAAACCUGCCUAUCAGGCUCCUUACACCUUUAUCAAAUCCUAUCCUUGGGGGUCUCCUGCCAGAGUAGCCGUGGUUUUGGCAUAUGCUGAUCUUCAAAGAAAAUUGUGUAUCACCGGUCUUUGUCUCUGUGUACCCACAUUGAUCGUUGCUUUCUGCUUGAGGGACCAUUAUCUCGUUUCCACUCAAUCAUUGGAAGAAACUGUGGAACCUGAUACCAAGGGAGGUCACAAGACCCAAAUUCUCUACAAGAACGACGAAGAUGUGAUCUUGAAAUAUGUGAAAAAAUGCUUCCGUCGGUAA